AAAUCCAUGCCAUUCUUGGCCAACUCAUCUUGUGUUGCGUUCAUAGCGUAAUCCCACAACUGUUCUUUUGUAGCCUUGGCAGGAUUUAUUUUUAUUCCUUGUGCUUCCCAUAUCACCCCAGCCUCUAGCAGCUUGUUUCAUGGUAAAUCCUAUUAAGUAGUUGAUGUUCUACUUUUAUUAUUAGUUGUGGUUUGAUAUCAGAGUAGCGCAACGGAAGCGUAGUAGGCCAUGUUCUGUUCAUAAAGAGUUGGUGAGGCAUUUGUUUUGUCUUGGAUUGUGUGAAGCCGUUCACCACUCGAAAUGAUCCUCAAUUUGAGUUUUGCGGACAAAACUCCAUUUUAGGAGGGGGGAAUUUUUCAUUCUUUGAGUAUGAAAUGAUUUAAUUGGAAGAAAUCUUAUUUUUUAAAAGUAAAUUGAAGAGAUCAGAAAAUUGAGGAUCAACUUGUGCAGAAUCCAGAAGUCAGGAGCCAAAUCUGCUAUUUUACCAUUGAAGAAAUUGCAAAAGGAGGACAAAAACCCGACAUGGGUGUAGUGUCGACACAUGAUCUGGGUGUCGACACCAUGCGCUAAACGUCCAGAAUCAGAUUUUAUUUCCUAUUUUUUGUGUCAACAUGUAAUCCGAAGUGUCAGCACCACGCAAUCAGCAUCCAAAAUUCAAUUUCCUAUUUCUGUUCCAAGUCCUACUUCUAUUUCAAUUAGGGUUUCCAAAAUUCUAUAAAUACCCAUCCAAAUUCAGAAUUGAGGGGAGUUUUGAGAGGCUGGUGGCAGCCCUCUUUUGGGCAUUAUUGGAGAUCAAGACUGAGCACAAGUUUGUAGUGAGAAGUUUAGAGAAAAGACUUAUUAGCAUCUAAAUAGCACAUAAAAAGAAAAGAAGAAAAAAAAAAAGCCAAUACAAAAGAGUUUAUUAAUUCCUACUCCAAUGUUUUUAGUUGCUUAGUAACUGGGGGUUAGGCAUGAGACCCAUGUCAAUUUUCACUUCAAACGGCGACUUGAAAUAUGAGUAUGCAAAGCACUUUGAGUUUAUGACUUGUUGAGUAACCGGGUCCUUUCAUCACAAAUGUUAGUAUUCGCAUCAAAAAACAAGUGAUAACUUAGGGAAGAAUGUGUUGUAUGGUUGAAGGGAAAAAAAAAAAAAAAAAGAAGAAGAGAAGUCAAAUGUUUCGUGGCAUUUGUUACUUGAGUAAGUAUGUUCUUAGGGGUGUCUCUUCACCUAAUGCCCUAAAGCCAACUGGUUUAGGAGUCAUUGACAAAAAGCUCAUUACAUAGGUAACUUAGAAAGCCUAAGGAAACUCGACCUAUGAAAAAAAAUUUGAGGGGAGAAAAAAAAAAAAAGAUAGUAAUAAGUGCUAAGGUGUAAAGGUUUAAACUCGAAACUUCUUACUAUGAAUUUCCACACACACACUAAGUGCUCAUGGGUUAAAUCUUUUAACAAGUGCCAUUUUUGCAUUUCUGCUCUUCCUUUUUCUCCCCUGCAGCUGAACAAGAAGCAAGCUGCUGACAACCCUCCCUUGAAGAAAAAUCGAAUUUUCGGAUCUGCUCUGCUUUGCUCUAUCCUUUCGUCGGCUGCUCUUGCUCGUGGGUGCGAAUUUCCCUGAUUUUUGGGUAAGAACAGCCAUGAAUCUCCCUUCUCCAGCUUUAAUUGGCUUGGGUUUACUCUAAUUUCCCUUGGUUUCUCCAAUUUCCGGUAGAUUCCCCCUAAAUUUUCUACACUUCCCGCCGACCUUCCCAAGCCACAGCUCCGGUUUUUGCUAGAAUUCUGGUAUGUGACAGCCCCCUUUAAACCUAAAAUUAUCCAUUAGUUAUUGAAUUUAAAUCAUCUAGUGGUUGCCCCUGCACUGUCCGAAUUUUGCUGGAAAAAUGGGGGAGUUUCGAUAGCUUUAAGUGGGUUUUUUUGUUUAAUUUAAGUGGAAAUGAGCUUGAGUAGUUGCUGUAAAUUUCUGGAAAAAAAAGAGUAAUCCCGUGACUUGUUGAUUGCCAAGCCGGUUCCUCCAUUGUGUUUUUAGCUAUAUAUAUAUGUGUGUGUGUAUUUGUGUGUAUAUAUAUAUGUAUAUGUAUAUGUAUAUGUGCACAACCUGAUUUUAGUGCUCAAUUUGCGGAAAGUAGGAAAUAAAAUAAAAUAAGGAAAUAAAUGUUGCAUUAUGGG